CGGUUUCAAUAAAUUUUCCAGAAAGAAGUAAGAACAAAUCCUAAUAUUUUGUUAACAUUAAUAGUUAGAACCAGUGAUUUAAAUAAUGGCUCACGAUGAAAUUCUUUUGAGAUCGCAUCUCUCAAACUACAAGUACCGAGAUAUUACAUCACGAGAAGUGGUCAGUCUAAUACAAGUAUAUCGAAGUUUGACAUAUCGCUUAGAAGGCUUUGUGUUUAAUAAUGGGGUAAGAAAAGAAUUAUUGAAUCUUGAAGGCACAAUACCUGUGAACUACAAAGGAGCCUUUUACAAUAUCCCUGUAUGCAUUUGGUUAAUGGACACUCAUCCAAAAAAUGCGCCUUUAUGUUUUGUGAAACCAACAGCAGAUAUGUCGAUUAAAAUAUCGAAAUAUAUAGAUAGUAAUGGUAAAGUUUAUUUACCUUACUUACACGAAUGGAAUUCUAAUGGAUCAACAUUACUAAUGCUUGUGCAGUGUAUGAUUAGUGCGUUUGGUGAAAUACCACCAGUUUUUUCUAAACCAAGAAAUGAAUCUCGUCCACCGUAUCCAGUUAACUCAUUUAUGCCUCUACCGUCUGGAUUUCCCUACCCAACUGUUAGUCCACCUCAAUUUGGAAAUCCCUCAGCCACACCCUAUCCCACAACAUCGAAUUUACCAUACCCAAACUUUGGCACACCUUAUCCAGGUGCUGCUAAUACUAAUGGCGCACCUUUCUCUCCAGCAAAUACUACGCCAUACCCACCUACGACAGGUUAUCCUGCAGCAGAUGUAGCGGGGGGAACUAUCACAGAAGAACAUAUUAAAGCAUCUUUGCUCUCAGCUGUAGAAGAUAAAUUAAGGAGGAGGCUCAAAGAGCAAUCACAACAGUCACAGGCUGAGCUUCAGACUCUACGUCGUACCCAAGAAGAAUUACGAGAAGGCAAGUCCAGAUUAGAAGAUAUUAUGACAAGAUUACAGAGAGAGAGAGCUGAGCUGGAUAAAAAUGUAGCAAUAUUACAAGAAAAAGAGAAGGAACUACAGUCAGCUGUAGAACAUUUGGGGGAACAGGAAAGUGUAGAUGUUGAUGAAGCAGUUGUCACAACAGCACCGCUGUAUUCUCAACUGUUAAAUUCAUUUGCUGAAGAAGCUACACUUGAAGAUGCUAUUUACUAUAUGGGAGAAGCUUUACGCAAGGAAGUUAUUGAUUUGGAUACAUUCUUAAAACAAGUACGUACAUUGGCUCGACGACAGUUCACUUUAAGAGCCCUUAUGCAUAAAUGUAGACAAAAGGCACAACUUGCAUGUUAGUGAUAGUUUCAUUUAAAGUUUGACCCAUUAUAAAUGUUAUCUAUAGUGUAAAUGAUAAGCUUGCUUAUAUCUCAAAUAAAAAAGUUGUACAAUAUAUAUUGCAAGCUGUGUUACAUAUAAAUUGCAGUGUGUUAUUGAAGCUAUACAACAUUUCUAAUUAAAUAUGAUAUUUUGCUUAUGAAAACAGGUUGUGUAAUUAUAAUUAUCAGCCAGUAGACUUUUUACACAUACACACUACAUACACUAAACAUUAUCAAUUUAAAUAUGUUCUAUAUGUUUAUAUUUUUGUAAUUAUUGACAUUCUUUUUAUCACAACUAAAUUAAAGUUCGAAUCUUUUGUAGCAAGCUAAAUUAAAUAAAAACCCAUUUCCUGUUACUACAUAUAAUUAAUAAAUUAAGGAGACUGAGUCAUAAAGUUGUGUAUAAUAAUAAAAUGGAAAGCCAUUUCAACAUAAUAUAUUAUAUUACAUAGACACAUGGUUGGAGAUUUUUUCAAAAUAUAAUCUUGAAUAAUUGUUAUUUACCCGUUCUAACUGUAGUAUGCUAGCUUUCAUAUAAUUAGGUGAUUAGUGUUUAUGGGUAUAAAAAAAUUCAUCAUAAAUAUAAAUAAAGUGUUUGUAAUUGAUAUUGUAACUCAUAAUGUUAAACGUAUUGGACAAUAAAGUAAAUUUGAAGAUCUAGAUAUAAUUUUUUACAUUAUUAUUAUGAUUAUCACUCAAUAUCUGAGUUAAAAUAUAGUUACUAUUAUUUCAUUGGUUUAAUUUUCGUACUAGCACAAGGUCAUUAAAAAAAAAUGAAUCAUGUAUGUUUCUUUAUUUAAUCAUAUAUACUAACUAAUACAUGAUAUAGUUGUGUUUUUUUUUUCAUUUAAAAUUAUAUUAAUAUAUUAUGUUAUAAUUAUAUUGUUCUAAUGGAAAUGUAAAACUAUAUUAUAGAUAGUAUAAGAUCAGUUUUCUGAUAUUGUAUAUGAUACUACUGUGUCAUGGAGUUCAUUUCUGAUGAACACAGAAAACUGAAGAAUUCACUAUAAUGAUGUUUCAUUAUAGUAAAAUGCAUUCUUUCUGGCAACUAGGAACAGUUUCCUUAUGGACAUUUUUUUAACUGACUUCAAGUUACAAUUAUAAAACUUCGAAGUAUAUAUCUAGUUUUCGCUACAUACUGUAAUGUACUUGAACUACUUAUGUUUAUUUUACUUUUAGUGUUAUUUGUUUAAGAAUAUCAUAAAUAGAUGAAUAGAUUUAUAUACAUUGUCCUCUGUGAUUGUAUAUUAUACUCAUUGUCACAAUAAACUGUAAGUCAUAA